ACAAAAAUAGGCCAUUUUCGAACACUCUAUGGCAGCCUGUUUAAUAAUCACUUUCAUUACUUGGGGAUACAGCGAUACCACGCUGAUACUACAUGCUUGCUACGUAUAUGUCGCGUAGAUCGACGGCCAUCUUCCGAAUGUCUGGUGGUGCAACGGUGCAAUUGGGUGCAAUCAUGAUAGAGAUUAUGUUUUUGCACAAAAGCACAGUCGCGCUACAGUAGCCGCGGCAUAGCUGCGGUUUAAUCGUUUAAUGGCUUAGCAGGCUUGGCUACUUUGCGGCGACUUGACCGUAGACUUGGCUUUCGACUAGGGGGCAGGACAACUUCCGGCGCUGAGAAUGCUUUCUUUAGGUGGCGGCUGCCGCUUCGCUGCCUUAAAUCAGUAAGAAACUUACUGAAAGGUUGAACGAAUGCAACAGUAAGCGGCUAUCAUCAUUUAGUAGAAGCAGUAGAAGCAUGCAAGUGAAUACCGCACACCGAUCAAAUCCAGAAUGAAACGGCGCAGCACAUAAACUCGUGGGGCCUCACUUUAGGGGGAGCAGUGGUUUACAAUGAUGAACGCCAACAAGCGGACUGCAGAGGAUUUCAUCCAAGGCGUUUUCGCCCCGACGGUAACGGUGCAGUGCACUUCUGACGCCGAAGAUGUGUGCAGAAGGAACAAUCUCUCAUUCGCAGAACUGCUGCAACCUUUCUGCCAGCAUGUGGAAGUGUCAGUGAGGCCGCCAAAUCUGCUCCAGGGGAGUGUAGCUGCCAAGCUGCACCUUAACAUUCGAGACCUGAAUAGUCCUGUGCCACAGCUGGCAGCUGCCAAGAAAUUGCUCAAUGACUCAGUUUCAAAUGUCCAACCUCCUCUCAAUGAGAAUGCUGCCUCACUCACAAAGAUCAAGGCGGGCAGCUACAAUCUGCUUGUGUCAACAUCUACACCAUGGUUCUACUCCUACAGGGAUGCAUUCUUUCGGGUCCUGCCUCCACUGGAACAUGAUUUUACACGGCAUUUUCUUGCCUGCAUUUUUGUGGUGUCCUCUGAACAUGGUUCCCCAGAGGAAGAGCUUGAGAAAAUGGCCCAAGGCCACCAGGCAGGCCAGUCGGAAGGCAGCCAGCGAUGGUUCUUUCCACAAUGCCUAAAGUAUUACCUUCUACUUCAUGAUGUGUCUCAAGGCAACCAAACUAAGGCAGAGGCUAGCUUCCAGACUUUGAAGAGGAACUAUGGUGCCAACUCAUGCCAUCUGCUCCAGAUGAACUCUGUCCCUGCAAAUGACCCCAGUGCUACGAGUCUGCCUGAUGUUUGGUCUCCUUUCUUACACUUGGAUGCACCUGAUAAGGUGACAAGUAAUUUGGAGUGUCCUGAUAAACUUCGAGGAAGUAACUCUUCUCUUGAUGAAGAUGCCUUUCAGCAAGGUGAAGAAGUUAUUCCAUCUGAGGAGGCACCAAGGGAGAAGUGCGGGGUGCAGCACCCUUUAUUAAGCAGUGGUGACUCAUCACCUCCCACUGUGGAACCACAGCUAGCGGAAGAAAAGGGGUGGCAGAGGAAGCCUGGUAGUCGACUGGGCAGCUGUCUAGCGCAGAGUGAUCGAGCUCGCCUCAGAGUCUUUAUACAAGAAUUUUGCAGCCAAGCCUUGGUUCCUUAUGUAGAGGAACAAAUGCGGAUCCUCAAUGACCAGGUGACGAACAAGAAAGGGAUCCAUAGAUCACUUAUGAGCAUGAAGAAGUUAUUUGCUGGAAGUAAGACAAAUCCUCAGGGGCCGCAUGCAUCGGUCAACUCCGUUGUGUAUGGCCAAGAUGCGCCAGAAUUGCAGGUGCGUCGCCUUGGGGAUCUGGCUUUUCUGUUCCAGUUGUACGAGUUUGCCUACCAGGCAUAUCACAGUGCAAAGAGAGACUUCAGUGGGGACAGUGCCUGGCUGCAUUUGGCAGGAGCACAGGAAAUGGCUGCUCUAGCUGUGUUCAUGGCUGGUGUCAGUGCUCAGAGGCCCUUCCCUGUACGUUAUAUGGAUUCUGCUAUUGACCUCUACCUCAACACCUGCAAAGUGCCGCAGCUUGCGACGCGAGCAGCACUACUGAGUGCUGAGUGCCUAUGGCAGGUGGGCCAGGCAUCAGUGGCAGCUGGACAACUGAUCCGGCUUACUAGUGAGGGAUCAGACCUGCGCAGUGCCCUGCUACUGGAGCAGGCAGCUCUGUGCUUCCUGCGUGCAACACCCACCUGCCCACGCAAAUUUGCCUUCCACCUGGUGCUAGCUGGGCACCGCUUUGCAAAGGCAGCCCAUCGACGCCAUGCACUGCAUGCCUAUUCUCAGGCUCUGCAGGUUUAUCAAGGCCGUGGCUGGAGCCUCGCUGAGGGUCACAUGCAAUUCACUAUUGGACGGCAGUCUGCACAGUUGAAGCAGUUGGUUCGUGCCAGGGACGCGUUUCACCGCCUGCUGGCACAGCGAAGUGCACAAAGCCCUUCCCAGCAGCUGCUUUUUCUGCGGGAGUUCCUUCUUGUGCUUAGGACACAAGCUGGCCCUGAGCGAGUGGAGCUGCCAGUGCCACGAGUUUCUGAAGGUGCCACACGAGUGCUGCUGGGGGCCGAGGGGUCCCCGCCAGGUGAGCUGUGGCUUGAGGAAAUGGCUGCACGGGCAGCACAUGGGGGCAUCCUACCCCUGACCUUUCGACCACAGCUCAGCUGUCUCAGUUCUAGCACGGACAAUAGCGCACGGCCCCUGGCAGUUGUACUCGAACCCAUCACAGUUGAACUGGAGCUUCACAAUCCUCUCCAAAUAGCUCUGCAGCUGACCGACAUGUAUCUUCUGUGGACUUUCACUGCAUCAGAUGACAGUGGUGUUGUCAGCAAUGACAAUGACUUAGGGCAAGACGGUGACCUUGACGGAAUCAUUAAAACCGAUGUCCUGAGUGAGAUCCUCCUAGAACCUGACCAGACACAGAAGGUUCAGCUUCAGGUGUGCCCACAGCAAUGUGGCCAGCUACAGAUAGGAGGUCUGGCAUACUGCCUUGGGCUGUCAGCAGCACAACGUGAGGCUGCUGCACCUUUGGGGCCACUUCCGAGUCCUGUGCGGGGAUAUCAGCCACUGACAGUGCCUGCCAGAGGGAACCCUGCUCUUCCCCUGAAGGGGGUGCGCCCCGACUUGCGCCUGCAACCCACUGUGGUUGGACCUAUGCCUCGACUCAUGGUGACCUUUUCGGAGCUACCCAGCCAACUACUCUGCGGAGAAGUGCGGAAGGCUACUGUGGAGCUGCGCAACGCAGAUGGCUGUCCGGCAUUGCAUUCCUUGCGGCUUGCAUGUGCACAGCCACACUUGUUUUGCUUGUGUUCUGUGUCUGAUGAUGAGGAUGAGGCGUACCAUGAGGAGCCGCUCCGGCCAAGCCCACCUGUGCUGGCACAGGCACCUCCGCUGGCCUGGGUGCAAGCCCCGGCUGUGGGUGCCCAUAUGGAGGGCGGCCAAGGAGUGGCACUGCCUUUCUGGCUGCGGGGUGCUGAGAAGCCUGGUCGGCACAUGCUGCAUCUUUUGUUCUAUUACCAAGGCCCCCAGGGACAGCUUUCGCACCGUGUUCUGUGGCACCACAUCAGCUUUACCACUCUGCCAUCGUUAACGCUGCAGGCAUCUGUUCGCCAGAGUGUUUCUCUUGGUGUGGCAAACUCCCCCAAUGGAGCACUCAUCUCUCUUCAGGUAUCCAAUGCCUGUGAGACAGAUGGCCUCAGUGGCGUUGACUUGAGCCUGCUGCAAGUGACCUGUGUAAGCCGGGUCUGGAGCUUGGUUCCCCUCACAUCACAUCCCAAAUUGGGCACACCAGUGGUAAAGCCCCAAGAAACAAAAAACCUGAUCCUGCGAGUCACACCUUUUAGUUCUAAAUUAAGCCAAGACAACACAACAGUGGUCUCACAACUUCCUUUGACACGCGUGCAAUUGGAGAGUGGGCGUAGUCCGUGCCUUGAGUUCUGCAGCUGGUGGGGCCAAGAGUUGCCAUUGCCUGGAUCUGAGACCUUAGGCCCCCCAGGGGCACUCUCUGUGCCUGAUGAAACCCCUGCACUGCCACCUCUUGAAAUCACACUUGCUGUCAUCUGGAAGGCAGCUGUGGAGCAGGAUGGAUCAGUGCGUGUGGUCAGAGGCCAGCAUCAUGUGGUACUGCGGGAAUUUCAUACAGUGUACUCUUCCUUACUGGGCCACAAGCCUUCAGACUUGAAGCCUGCAAUUCCAGUUUACCCAGCUAUUGGUUUGGUGGCACCGACAUUUCAGUAUGUGCGCUGUGCUCUAAUACACCCUGUUCAAGUCAAGCAUGACUUUGUCACCAACAGGCUACUGGUGAUACCAGUGAGUCUUGUAGUGCAUAAUCCUAGCUUUAGGCCAGUAACAGUCACAGUGGAGCCAGGCAAUAGGACACCAGCUGCUGCAACAAGCCCUACGAUGACUCCAGAUGUGGUGGCAACUGAUGUUGGUGGUUUUAGCUGGGCAACAGCUGUAAGGCGUCACUUGCCAAUCAAGUCUCAUACAACGGCUGCAGUAGCUCUUUCAGCCACUUUUUCAAAGGCUGGCACAUACAACAUGGCUGCCUUGCAUGUGAGCGUGCUCACAGAUGAUGGACGUCUUUCACAUGAACUGUUGUGUCCUAGUCUCAUGGUGGUACAACAACCACAAACUCUAUAGGCUUUAGUUUUAAAGCCACAGGCUGUUUCACUUUACUGGUGGAAGAGCUAGAGGUUACCUCAGUUGAAGUGGUAAAAAUGUGCUUAUGGAUGCUGUCCAAAUUAAGUGAUGUUCGCACUUACAAAUACACCAUGGCCCUAAAACUGUUCGUUGGUUGGCAGGUUGAAAUGAGCUGCUGCUGUGCUGUCAAGAAACUGCUGUUUUGCUCAGGUUCAAGUUUUUUUAGAUUUCAGACUGGCUGUGGUAGUAUGUGUCUAUUAAGGCUGCUUUUUGGCAAAGUACAUUGCUGUGUCAGGGGCCAGUGUUUUGUUGAAGAUUUUCAACCUUAAGAGCGGUGGACUGGUAAGCUGUACUCGGUCUGUGCCAAGCCAUACCAUAAGCAGGAAGACUAGGCAAAGUUCAUGCUGCUCAGAGUGCAGGUAUACGUACAACACGCACAGAAUAUAUCUUGAAGCCACAUUUCUGAAAUUGGGGUACCAUAUGUCUUACUGGUAUGCUUGGUGUACACAUCUGGUUUGAAAGGUUUCAGGCAUUGUCAUGUGCUUACUGCUGUAACAAACAUGAAACACACCUGCAUUAACAUGCCAACAUGAGUUUCAAUAUCUUGUGCAUCAGAAGUCACACUGCAUAGUGAAGUGGGCCUAUUAAAGAUAUUUUAUUGAAAAUAGUAAUGUGUAAGUGUAAUGACAGCAUGUGCAUGUUGAUAGCAUUUGUGGAGUCCCGUAUUUUCUUUUCAGUGUUGGAAAGUGUUUGCAACCAAGACUAAAAGUUUUGUUGCAUUUCCAUUUCCACAUGCAAUAUAUGGAUCACCAAGUUUGAAAGGCAUUGUUUACAUGAUAUUUUAGCAGCUAGGUAGGGGAUUCGAUGAUUCAAAGCACAUUUUAGAAAAACUUGCUUUUGCAGUAGCACAUAGAAUGCUGUCGUCGUACGCACUACAAACAUCUAUGUUGAAUGACAAACUAAGCAUGAUAUCCAUUAUGCAACUUCAUAAAGUUGUUAAGCUGUGACAGAGUUAUGUAAUGAUGCAGUCAGUCAAAAUCACUGAAGUAGUCGUGUACAUUCAGUUAACGAUACUUUGGAGUACAUUACUGCCAGUCAGCAAAGUGGAAGCACAUGUGCUGCUCUUUCUCCUGAAAGAAAUGACAUCUUUGUGUGCCAUAAAAGUACAUCAGUUCUUAUACAUAAAAAGCUGUAUGAGCUACUUCAGAAUUCUUCCUGUAGCUUCCUUUAGAAAUAUCCUACUUGAAAAUUUCACAGAUUUUAUGCUGCUCUCAUGGGUGGUUGCAAAGUUUAUUAUGUUGGAUUCAUAAGUUUUAAUGUACAUUAAAUGGAAUAUCUUUAGUGUAUUUUUAGAAAUUCUAGCAAUUUCUGGUACCUUGCAAGAAAGGAGUGGACAGAAUUGCUGCUCGGAUGCUUAAAGGAAUGCUGUUAUUCUUGCUUUAUCAAUUAUGGAAAAAUUUAAGUACAUCUCUUGUUAAACAACCUUUUGCUGUGUUUACCUAGUGUAGAGCUCAUAUGUUUUUCUCAAACAGAAGCCUAGUGACAGCAAAUGAAUUGUUUGGCAUGAGAGUGAGUGUAUGUGCAUAUGCAAAGUUGUAGGCAUGCCCAGUACAUACAAAAAAUGCGUUUCAUUUCACACCUUGUCACGUUUCUCAAGAGUGAAUGCGAAGGCCUGAUUCUUACCAGCAAUGCCUAAUUGAGGUCUGUUUUGCAUGAAUAAAGUUUAAAAUGCUGUUUGA